AUGUCCCAACACCAACAGUUAAUAUUUCAAAGAGAAGUACUGGAGAUAAUAGAAAAGAUUAAAUAUGGACAGCCUUCAAGCAGACAUCAUCAUUCUGCAGAUUUGCCAAAUGUAGCAUCAUUCUACACUAACUUUUCUGAACGAUUUCUACAUGAUCCUCCUACUCAACAGUUAUCAGCCUCAGUGACUCAAGGUUCCGCAGAUGAUGGACUUGAGGAUCGACAACAAUCCCUCGAUAAUCUACAGACGCAAACUUAUUCAGUAUUAUGA